AUGACGCGAAAGAAAUGCAUCAGUCUUCUAUCUACAAACAUAGACUACAUAGGCAGUUUGGACAACACCAUAAGCGGGAGUCGGAGUGGACACGCCCCGAUCUUCAUGUGGUACGGCCUCAGCCUUAAAGGCCUCUUAGGUAUCCAACGCGACGUCCUAGAUUGUCUCAAGAAUGCUCGGCGCCUACGAGACGGGCUAAGAGAAUCCCGGAUCAGCACUUUGCUCAACAAGGACGGCGUUUUAGUUGUUUUCGAGAGGCCCUUGGACAAAGACUUUGUUCGACACUGGCAACUCUCUUGCACGGGAAACUUGGCCCAUGUUGUCGUCAUGCCUCAUGUUACGUCAAAAAUGUUGGACGAACUUGUCCGAAAGAGAAAGUGUUGGUACAUAUGA